AUGUCUGUAGAAGAUCUAGGUGACAGAGUUGUCUUAACCCAUCCUGAUGAUAAGAGCAACACAGCUACCAUUUUGAAAUAUGGUGCAACAGUUUUCAGUUGGAAGCUGAACGGGGCUGAACAAUUAUGGUUAUCUGAUGCUGCUAAAUUAGAUGGUAGUAGACCCGUAAGAGGUGGUAUUCCAUUGGUUUUCCCCGUCUUUGGUAAGAACACUACGGAUGAUCAUUUGAGUAAACUACCACAACACGGGUUGGCAAGAAAUUCAACAUGGGAAUUCCUAGGUCAAACGAAAUCGAACCCUCCUACCGUCCAAUUUGCAUUGUCACCUGAAAAUGCCAACAAGGAGUUGACCCAAUUGUGGCCGUUUGAUUUCACUCUAUUGUUAACCGUUCAAUUGGGCCAGGACUAUUUGAAGACUGACAUUGAAGUUCAAAAUCCUUCAACAACACAAGAAUUGAAAUUUAACUGGCUAUUCCAUACCUAUUUGAAGAUUGAAGACAUCGAAGGCACUCUGGUCUCCAAUCUGACAGGCGUAAAACUGUACGAUCAAUUGUUGAAGCAAUCUUAUAUUGAUAAGCACCCUGUGAUAACCGUUAGCGAUGAAACUGAUUUGAUCUAUCAAAAUGUAGAUGAAAACCGUUUGAUUCAAGUCGUCGACAGAGGACAACCAGUCCAUACCGUCAAGAGACAUAACCUACCUGACGCUGUCGUUUGGAAUCCAUGGACUGAAAAAGCCGGCGGUAUGGCCGAUUUUGAACCAAAGGACGGCUAUUUACAAAUGGUUUGUAUCGAGCCUGGUCAUGUUCAUGAUUUGGUUACUUUGGCACCAGGCCAAUCUUGGUCCGCAUACCAACUGCUCUACAAAGAACAACUAAAGUACCAAGCAAUCUAA